GGAUGAGGGAGGGGCAAUUUGAUAUGUUUUUAAUCUCAAUCCUAGGAUGGACCCAGAUAUACUACCCAAAAUUAUUUAAUAUCCCAAUUCCAUCUGAUUCCAGUUCCACCUUAAAUCCCAAUCCCCUGUGAUCCACAAACCAAGAAUGCCUUCAAAUUGCCCUUAAACUUCAGAUUUGUACUAUAUUCUUUGUGCAUGCUAUGAACUCUGGACAUAACUCUUUGUUGAGGAACCGUAUCAAGCAAAUUGGUACUUACGAACCCAAUGGCCCUUCAUAACAGGUACUGGUACGGCUACCUAUGCUGCUGAUACUAAGCUGGGAUCUACUUCUUUUCUUUUAUCAAUGGAGUCAUAUCUUUUACUUUUUUUUUUCUUUCCUUUCAGUUCUUUACUUAUCAAAAACCAUAUUCCUCAUAUUUGUGUCCUACUGAGUGAAACCAAUAAUAUUAAAUAAGUUACCAUUUUUAUAUCAGAAGCAACUUAGACACAUAAAAUUUUGCAAAGUAUAGUUCAUUCUUAAAGAUGCUCCUACAGCAGCUGUCCAUAAUUUUUCUCUAUGUUGAUCAGAAAUUGCCAUCUUCUGGAAGAAGUUAUCUUACGCGUACCUUGAAGGAGCAUCUUUACCAGUGCCCAAGCAAAUUAUCAGAAGAACUAGUGGGAUGCAUGGCUGCCAUAUAUUGCUUUAUUGGAAGCAAAGGAUCUGCAAAUUCAGAGGCCUCAAAUUUUCCAUUUUUGUCGCGAUCAUCUACAAGCAUUGUCCCACCUCGACAAGGACAUGGAGAGCCACGAGAAUUAGUGGAAGUAACUUCAAUAUCGAUGGAUAAAAACCACUUUUCAAGUGCAUCUUGUGCCAUAAGCAACUAUAGAUUACUAGUGGAACAGCUAGAAAGAGUAGAUGCAAGUGCGCUGGAAAACAAUGUCAAAUUGGCGUUCUGGAUCAAUGUGUACAAUUGUCUAAUUAUGCAUGCAUAUUUAUCCUAUGGGAUUCCACACAGUUCUCUCAGAAGGAUGGCUUUGUUUAACAAGGCUGCAUAUAACAUCGGAGGGCACACCAUUAGUGCCAACGCCAUAGAAAACUCCGUUCUUUGUUGUCGAACCCCUCGAAUCGGUCGUUGGUUUGAAACAAUGAUUACAACUGCUAUGAGGAAGAAAUAUGGAGAAGAAAAACAGGUCACAAAUUCCAAAAUUGCUCUCGUCGCCUGUCAACCACUUGUUCUUUUUGCACUCUGCAAUGGAGCUGCUUCGGAUCCCAUGCUAAGGGUGUACACUGCGAAGAAUGUUAUAGAAGAUUUAGAGAAAGCCAAGAAAGAGUUCCUUCAAACCAACGUAAUUGUCAAGAAAUCGAAGAAGAUAUAUCUGCCCAAAAUCCUCGAAAGAUAUGCUAAAGAGACAUCUCUUAAUUUCGACGAUCUUUUAAAAUGGGUGACCCAGAAUUUAGAUAAGAAGACUCAGGAGGCAGUAGAGAAGUGCAGCGAUUGCAGCAACAAAAGAAAACCAUCACAAAUUGUUGAUUUUUUACCUUAUAACACAAGGUUUCGAUAUGUUUUUGAGAAAGACUUGACAGAAAAGCCAUGGUGGGUUUGAUUAAUUCUUCGUCUUGUAAAGAUGCAGAGAUGUUUGCAUGUUGCUACCAUCAUACGAAUCUGAAAGAUAAAUUUGUUGUAGCAAAGCAUAUCUGGGAGAUUUAUGGGUUUGAGUGGCAAAAUUUUUGGUUGACUGGUAUAUAUACUAUGGCAUGCUCUU